CGGCCGCCGUACUCUGCGUCAUAGGUAAAUAGCUUCAGCUAGCCUGCAGCUAGCUGCUGGUGACCUGCAAUGGCGUUUACUCUGUACUCCCUGAUCCAAGCAGCCAUCCUGUGUAUCAACGCCGUUGCUGUGUUACACGAAGAGCGGUUUCUCAGUAAAAUCGGCUGGGGAGUGGACCAAAGCGUCGGAGGGUUUGGUGAUGAACCAGGCAUCAAAGUCCAGCUGAUGAACCUCAUCCGCUCUGUGAGGACGGUGAUGAGAGUGCCGCUUAUAGGAGUGAAUUCAGUCUGCAUUGUGCUGCUGCUUCUGUUUGGAUGAAGAACAGCAAAUCCAGGUUGGAUCAAGUCAGCCUGCUGCCACGAGUCCAUCCUCUCAGGAACCGGCCUGAAGAAUCGGCUGCAUGACCUGCCCCGUCAGCCUGAAUAUGAAUGUUUCUUUCAACAGCAAUAAAGUAAUAGGUCUGAUAAUCUUCUCCCUGCAGAGAUGAUUAGCUAAUUACAGAUUUUAUAAUUUACUGUCAGAGAUUACAUGACCUUUAGGUUUGUUUAGACUCACCAGAGAUGGGAGUCAGUUGUUGAAAAUGUUGUUUUAUUUGUCAAAAUGCUCAAGAAUAAAGAGUUUCUCAGAUCA